CACCAAACAAAUCUCUCUAUCUCUAUCUAACUAAAAUUAAGAGACAUGGCUCUGGGAAGAGGCAGUGCAAUGGUGCUACUACUCUGCUUCCUGCUUCACUCUCACAUGGCUCGGGCUGCCACCUACAAAGUUGGAGGCCCAGCAGGUUGGACCUUCAACUCUGUUGGGUGGCCCAAUGGAAAGCGUUUUAGGGCCGGUGACACACUUGUCUUCAAUUAUGGGCCUGGGACUCACAAUGUGGUGGCAGUGAACAAGGGAGGGUACGAUAGCUGCAAGACUCCCAGAGGAGCCAAAGUGUAUCGAUCAGGGAAGGAUCAGAUAAGACUAGCUAAGGGACAGAACUACUUCAUCUGCAACUUUGUAGGUCACUGCGAGUCUGGGAUGAAAAUUGCCGUCAAUGCUGCCUGACUUUUACUGCUUGCCUUUUCUAUUUAAUAACUCCAAUAGUCCAUAGCUAUGUGUGUCAACUGUCAACAACAAAAAAGGGUCGCUUUCUAAGCUUCCUAUAUGUUACUUUAUCUUUAUCUUUAAUAUUCUACUGCCAAUAAACAUUAAUUUUGGUUUCUCAA